AUGACAGGAGGGAGGAACAGUACAGCCAUCACCAAGUUCAUUCUUGUGGGAUUCUCAGAUUUUCCCAAGAUCAAGCUGGUUCUCUUUGUUGUCUUCCUGGGAAUUUAUCUCUCCACAGUGGUGUGGAACCUGGGCCUCAUCAUCUUGAUUAGGAUUGACCCUUACCUACACACACCUAUGUACUUCUUCCUCAGCAACUUGUCAUUUUUAGAUUUCUGGUACAUUUCCUCUACAACCCCUAAAAUGCUGUCAGGAUUCUUUAGGAAGCACAAGUCCAUCUCCUUUGUGGGGUGCACCAUGCAGUACUUCUUCUUUUCAAGCCUGGGUCUGGCAGAAUGCUGUCUUCUGGCAGCCAUGGCUUAUGACCGUUAUGCUGCCAUUUGUAAUCCUCUGCUUUACACAGCCAUCAUGUCCCCUUCCCUCUGUGUGCAGAUGGUGGUGGGAGCCUAUAUUACUGGUCUCUUUGGUUCAUUGAUACAACUGUGUGCUAUACUUCAGCUCCGUUUCUGUGGGCCGAAUGUUAUCAACCACUUCUUUUGUGACCUGCCUCAGUUAUUAGUUCUCUCCUGCUCUGAAACCUUUCCCCUGCAAGUUCUGAAGUUUGUAAUAGCAGUGAUUUUUGGGGUGGCAUCUGUCUUGAUCAUCCUUAUAUCCUACAGUUAUAUCGUUGGCACCAUCAUGAAGAUAAGCUCAGUAGACGGCAGGGCCAAGGCUUUCAAUACUUGUGCCUCUCACCUGGCAGCAGUCACCCUCUUUUUUGGAUCAGGACUCUUUGUCUACAUGCGACCCAGCUCUGGCGGUUCUCAGGGUUAUGACAAGAUGGCAUCAAUCUUCUAUACAGUUGUGAUCCCCAUGUUGAAUCCUUUGAUUUACAGUCUUAGGAACAAGGACAUCAAAGAUGCUCUUAGGCGAUAUAAGAAGAGGUACUUUUCCCAUUGCCACUGUUAA